AUGGCUACAAGAGAUUUGCCCCAUAAUUUUACAGAAUUAACUACAGGUUGGGCAAGACGAAUUCCAAAUGAAAUUACAAUUUUCAAAAAGAAGCAAGAAUUGAUUGAAAAUGAUGAAUUAUUGGAUAGUGAUGAUGAAGUAGAGACCAAGGUCAGAGUUAAGAACCUAUGGCCUGCAUUUUGUGCAGGAAGUGGACUUUUCCUGGAAGGUUACAUAAAUAACUCAGCUUCUACAAUUUUGUUUUGUUUGCGAAGAAUCUAUGGUGAUGAAUUUACUGAAUCUAGAGCUAUGUCCAAUAUUGCGGCUAUUGCUUUUGUUGGAAUUGUUGUUGGUCAAUUAUCAUUUGGUUAUAUAUCAGAUAGAAUCGCUAGAAAAGGAGGUAUGAUGGCAGCUAACAUUAUGCUUAUAUUUUUUACACUUAUGUGUGCAGUUGGUAGUUGGGGUGUAACCGUACAGGGUCAAUUUGCUGCUAUCACAGUGUGGCGUUUCUUUAUGGGGGUUGGUAUUGGUGCUGAAUAUCCAACUUCUUCUGUAAUUGCGUCAGAAUUUGCAAAUCAAUUACCUGCUGGUCAUAGAAACAGGUACUUUUCAAUGUUUACUAAUUUCAUGAUAGACUUCGGUUUUGUUGUGUCAUCAUUCGUACCAUUCGUUUUGAUUUGGAUUUUUACUGACAGACAUCUUAGAGCUUUGUGGAGAGUUACGAUAGGAUUGGGUGUGAUUCCUCCAUUGAUUUUAUUCUUCCUUAGAUUGAAAAUGAGUGAUUCCAAGUCCUUUAAGAAAACCAACAUGAAAAAUGUUCGUUAUAGAGACUACCCAUGGAUGUUGAUAAUAAAAUUUUAUUGGUUUCGGAUUAUUAUUGUUUCAUUGAUUUGGUUUAUUUACGAUUUUUCAGUUUAUUCAUUUGGUAAUUUCAGUACUAUUAUAAUUGAUGAAAUCAUUCCAGAUGCACCAAGUAUGUAUUAAUUUCUGAUUAUCUGCAACCCGGUAGCGCCAUAUUAAAAUUAUUUUAAGGGAUAAUAGUAGUAAUGUUUCACACCACUUCAAGCUUGUUAUACAUUCAUUCAUUGUUUUGACAUUACUAACUUAGUCAUUUUAUCAAUGUGCCUAUUAGAUCACAAGGAGCUAUUAAUACUAACUUUAAAUUGUAGUAUGGAAGACCUUUGGGUGGAAUAUCGUAUUUAAUGUGUUUUACUUGCCAGGAAGUUUCUUAGGAGCAUUCGCAGCUGAUUAUUUCGGCCCUAGACUUACCCUAGCUGUUGGCGUUCUUUGUCAAGCUGUAAUAGGUUUCGCUAUGAGUGCACGUUUAGCUGACUUGAAGAAACAUAUAGCUGGGUUUGUGGUUGUAUUUGGAAUCUUUUCUACAUUAGGGGAGUUCGGACCAGGUUUGUAUUCAAUCGUCCUUCAUUUAUAUUUGUGUUUUCUUACUAACUUUUUUUUAGGUAAUAAUAUUGGUUUAAUAGCGUCUAAAACAUCAGCAACUCCAAUUAGAGGCCAGUAUUACUCCAUUAGCGCAGCAAUUGGGAAAAUUGGAUCAUUUGUGGGUAGUUAUGUAUUCCCAGCAAUUCAAAAACAUUAUAAAAAUCCAGAUAAACCUGAUCUAGAACUUCAAGUUCCAUUUUAUAUAUCUGCAGGUCUUUGUUGUGUAAGUGGAUGUUUAGCAUUAUUCUUCUUACCUAAUAUUGGUCAAGAUGCUAUUAAUCAUGAAGAUAGAGAGUUUAUUAAUUACUUGCAAGCAAACAAUUUUGAUAUAAGCAAAUUAGGUGAUCAAGGAAAACUUGAAAUUAAUGCUACUACUGGAAGUGAAGACGAUUCUUUAGAGAAAGGAAAGAAAUUUGGAGUUGAUCAAGCAUCAGUCUAG